AUGGCUGUCGUGGCUCGAUUCCCUUGCCUCCUCUUGUUUCCGAUUGGGCGAGAGACAUGCUUUUCCACAAUUGAAGACAUAGACUUUAAGGAAGUUCGAUGGAAACUCCAGUUGUGGGGUUUACUUCUACAAGCUACUACUUUUGAAAAGUUGUUACUCAAGUACAGGAUUCCAGCUGCUGCUAGGCCAAAAUUUGAAGCAAGCGGCACUUACUUUCCACAAAGCAAUCGUCCAGUUCAGCCAUCUGGUCCUAAUCCUUGCAGUUACCUGCCUGGACCAGGGCAAUGCAAGCCUCCAAAGUGA